CAGUAUAAGUGACGGGCCAAACUUUGGUCCUGAAGCGUCUAAUCACCCUUUUCAUGCGAAACUGCGAAAGAAUCUUGUACACUAUCAAAGAAUAACAGGCAAAUGUCGUUCAACUUUUGCUUUCUUCUCAACAUUUUCCCUAUCUAGGACUUAUACGACGAGGUUCAUAUCAUCAUAUUUUUCAUUUCCCAGCUCUCUUGGAGCGUAACAGCCUUGUUUGUUUGAGGAUUUCUGGCAAAACUGCCGGAUUUCAGCGUACUGGUGUCAUGGACAGGGAAAAGAAAGAAACUUUCUUGAGUGAGGGGGAAGAUGUGCAGAAUGGUGGAAGAAGAGAAACUGGGAUUUCAAUCCCUAAGUCUCUAAGUUCCUCUGGAAUAAUUGAAGAAAUAACACAAGUUAAACAUGGGAGAAGGCCCAAUCUUUCACUGGAAAUACCUAUGAUGAGUUUGCAGAAUUCCCGUGAAGAAAUUGUUCAGAUUAAGAAGCUUUUGACCCCUACCCCAACUGCAAAGAAGGUGAAUUUUCUUGUGACUCCUAGUCCUUCUGAUCCCAGAGUGAAUGGAUCUCCAGGCCACCUCCCCAGAGCCAAAUCAUCCAUAAGGAAUUUACUGCCCAAACUAAACUUCAUGUCCCAUAAUUCCAAUCUGGAUAUGGAGAAGGCUCCAGAUAUUGAUUUGGGUUGUUCUGCCACAGCUCCACAAGACAAAGUAGUGUCCAUCUCCAUCUCCAGGUCUUGGUCACUCUCUAAAAUGUUCACGCCUCGCAUUAAGAGGACCUCGUCUUUGCCCAUUGAUCCUCUUGCAGACUUGAACCCCGAGCCUGCACUCGGGGGAGGAAGUGUAAGCACUGCUUCUGUAACUUCUCCUACUUCGCUGCACUCCAAAGGAACACAACUCCGCAUUCCUCGUUCCCUUUCUCUCCCGGUGGUUAACAAGGAUGGAAGCGCCCGCAAAGUGGAAUCUUUCUUUCGCGUUAUUCCUUCAACGCCUUGCUUGAAGGAUUUGGAGUCCAUUGUCUCUGCUGCACCCACUCCAAAACGAGAUUCUGAAGAAAAUGAGGACGGAGGCGAAGAUAUACCCGAAGAAGAGGCGGUUUGUCGAAUUUGCUUGAUUGAAUUGUGCGAAGGCGGAGAGACGCUCAAGAUGGAGUGCAGCUGCAAAGGCGAGCUUGCUCUGGCUCACCAAGAAUGCGCCAUAAAAUGGUUUAGCAUCAAGGGUAACAAGACGUGUGAUGUUUGCAAGCACGAGGUCCGUAAUCUGCCUGUCACUCUACUGCGUAUCCAGAGUAUCCGAAAUGCAAACGCUGCUGCAGCUCGGUUCAAUCAAAUGGAUGUAAAUGGACACAGGGUUUGGCAGGAAGUUCCCAUUCUCGUCAUUGUCAGCAUGCUUGCAUACUUCUGUUUUCUCGAGCAGCUGCUGGUUGGAAAGAUGGGGACGGGUGCAAUUGCCAUAUCGCUGCCCUUUUCUUGUGUACUCGGCCUCCUUGGAUCUAUGACAUCUUCGACAAUGGUAAAGAGAAGAUUUGUAUGGGUGUAUGCAUCAGUCCAGUUUGCAUUUGUGGUGCUCUUUGCACAUAUUUUCUACUCUCUGGUUCAUGUGCAAGCAGUUCUGUCGAUUCUUCUCUCCACAUUUGCGGGGUUUGGUGUUGCAAUGAGUGGAAGUUCCAUUCUUGUCGAGUACUUCAGAUGGCGAAGAAGGCGGCGCGUUUUGUUACACCGCCAAGAGAAUCCUCAAGUCGCGCUACCUCCAGGGCGGUGGCCGCCACAGCCAAACCAAACAGUAACAGCAACAGCAACAACAACAUCGCAGGUCGGUCCUCAACAUCAUCAGACCGACAUAGAAAAUCCAGAAACAUUUAGUGGGAGCUAGUUGAAGUUGAAGCAUUAGGAUGGGAAGGUGUGAUGUAGCAAAGAUAGAGAGUAAUAUGGAAAAAUACAACAAGGGGUUUUGUUCAUUGCUCCACCUUAGCUUGUACAUUGUUCCUUCUGCAUAAUUGUAAUAUUGCAGUGUUGUGAAAAAGAAAGUUUGAGUGAUGAGUAUACAUACAUUAUACAUACAUGUAUCCAUUUUGAUUGUUCAUAUCCUGGCUGGAGAAUCCAACUUCACAUGUGAAAAUUUUGUUUAGAAAUCACUGUAAAGAGUAAAACCUCAGCUCUUUACUAGCGCAGCACUCAUUAAUA